CUUGAUUGCAAACAUCAACACUAGAUGGUGAAAUGUUUGUAGGAGGAUAUAGAGGAUUCAGUUCUCUCUCCUUAAACCUUUCACCACUAUACCGACUCUCAGUUUUCAGUCUUCGUUACCGCCGGAGAAUCACUACUAGUAAUGGGUCUCACCGUUAUCCUCAACAGGAUUUCUUCUCCGGCAUUGUGUACAUUUCUGAGCUCGUUUCAGCAUUUGCCCAUCUUGGAACGCGUAUCAAUUUCGAUUCAUUUAGCUCUGUUUCUUCUCUUUCUCUUCUUCGCAUCAUUCAGACGGGUAGUCGCUUGUGUUGGCCGAGUUCGUGUCAUCAAGGAAGACCCACUGAAUGCAAAUUCAAUUCCUGUUGGUCGUCAGAGUGAAGAUGGAACCUACAAUGUUGAGAUUGGUACGGGUUUCAAAGUUUCCGUUUUCUGCUGUUUCUAUGUUCUGUUUCUGCAAGUUUUGGUGUUAGGGUUUGAUGUAGCCGGCUUAAUUCGAGAUAGAGCAAAUGGGAAGAGCAGUGACUUGUUCCUUCUUUACUUGCCUGCUGCUCAAGCUCUAGCUUGGUUCGUAUUGAGCUUUUCGGCCUUCUGCUGUAAAUUUAAGGCUUUGGAGAAAUUCCCUUUGAUGCAGAGGAUUUGGUGGUUUGUGUCUUUCAAUCUCUGUAUGUGUACUCUGUAUAUUGAUUGUGAAGGAUUGUUGAUACACGGCUCGAAGUUCUUGAAUUCACAUGUUGUGGCAAACUUUGCUGCCACUCCGGCCCUGGCUUUCCUCUGUCUUGUUGCUGUUGGAGGUGCCACGGGUAUACAGAAACAUAGAAACCCCAGUCUUCGAGAGCCAUUGCUGCUGCUUGAAGAAGAAGAAGAAGCGGGGUGCCUUAAGGUGACCCCUUAUAACGAUGCUGGGCUGUUGAGCCUGCUCACACUCUCUUGGCUGAACCCUCUUUUGUCAGUUGGCGCAAAAAGGCCGCUUGAGCUUAGGGAUGUCCCUCUUCUGGCACCAAAAGAUCGAACCAAGUUUAAUUAUAAAGUUUUGAACUCAAACUGGGAGAAAUUGAAGCAAGAGAAUCCCUCUAAGCAGCCUUCAUUAGCUUGGGCAAUUUUGAAGUCUUUCUGGAAGGAGGCAGCCUUUAAUGCUGUAUUUGCUGGUCUGAAUACUCUUGUUUCGUUUGUGGGUCCUUAUAUGAUCAGCUACUUUGUGGACUACUUGGGUGGAAAUCAGACUUUCCAUAAUGAAGGUUAUGUUCUUGCAGCAAUCUUCUUCACAGCCAAGCUGGUGGAGACCAUUACAACCAGGCAAUGGUACCUUGGGGUAGACAUAUUGGGCAUGCACGUGAGAUCAGCUCUUACGGCUAUGGUGUACCGGAAGGGACUGAGGCUCUCAAGCACGGCCAGGCAGAGCCACACCAGUGGAGAGAUUGUAAAUUACAUGGCAGUUGAUGUGCAGAGAGUAGGGGAUUACUCGUGGUACCUCCAUGACAUAUGGAUGCUUCCCCUGCAGAUAAUUCUUGCUCUAGCUAUUCUGUAUAAGAAUGUUGGGAUAGCCUCAGUUGCAACACUGAUUGCCACCAUUAUCUCCAUUGCUGUUACUGUUCCUCUUGCAAAAAUGCAAGAAGAGUAUCAGGACAACUUGAUGGCUGCCAAGGAUGAAAGGAUGAGAACGACCUCUGAGUGUCUGAGGAACAUGAGGAUUCUCAAGUUGCAAGCAUGGGAGGACAGAUACCGAGUGAAGCUGGAGGAAAUGAGGCAUGUGGAAUUCAAGUGGCUUCGGAAAGCACUCUACUCCCAGGCUUUCAUUACAUUCAUCUUUUGGGGCUCCCCUAUAUUUGUUGCGGUCAUCACUUUUGGUACUUCUAUACUGUUGGGUGGUCAGCUUACAGCAGGAGGUGUUCUUUCCUCUCUGGCCACCUUCAAGAUUCUCCAAGAACCUUUAAGAAAUUUCCCAGACUUGAUCUCGAUGAUGGCGCAAACAAAGGUUUCUCUUGAUCGCAUUUCUGGAUUCUUGCAGGAGGAAGAAUUGAAGGAAGAUGCUACUAUUGUUUUCCCUAGGAGCUUCACAAACAUCGCAGUUGAAAUUAAGGAUGGUGAAUUUUGCUGGGACCCUUCCUCCUCAAGGCCAACAUUGUCAGGAAUACAUAUGAGAGUUGAGAGGGGGAUGUGUGUGGCUGUUUGUGGUAUGGUUGGUUCUGGAAAGUCAAGCUUCCUUUCUUGCAUCCUUGGAGAGAUACCAAAAAUCUCUGGCGAAGUUAGAAUAUGUGGGUCUGCCGCUUAUGUUUCUCAGUCAGCCUGGAUACAAUCAGGAAACAUAGAAGAAAAUAUUCUUUUCGGCAGCCCUAUGGACAAAGCCAGGUACAAGAAUGUCCUUCAUGCUUGUUCAUUGAAAAAGGAUUUGGAGCUCUUCUCGCAUGGAGAUCAGACCAUCAUUGGUGAUAGAGGCAUUAAUCUAAGUGGGGGCCAAAAGCAAAGAGUGCAGCUUGCAAGGGCACUGUACCAAGAUGCAGACGUUUAUUUGCUUGAUGAUCCCUUCAGUGCAGUAGAUGCACAUACAGGAUCAGAAUUGUUUAAGGAGUACAUAUUAACAGCAUUGGCUAGUAAGACUGUGAUUUUUGUGACGCAUCAAGUUGAGUUUCUGCCAGCUGCAGAUCUGAUAUUGGUCUUUAAGGAGGGCUGUAUCAUACAAGCUGGAAAAUAUGAAGACCUUUUGCAUGCUGGAACUGAUUUCAACAACUUAGUUUCAGCUCAUCAUGAAGCAAUUGAAGCUCUGGAUAUUCCUGUACACUCAUCUGAUGAAUCAGAUGGGAAUGUUCCUCCUGAGGGUUCUGUUAUGUUUAAAGAAAAAUGUGGUUCAACUGAAAAUACUAUGAACAACUUAGCGAAGGAUGUAGUUGAAAAUGAGUCAACAUCAGAGCAGAAAGCUAUUAAGGAAAAAAAGAAAGCAAAACGCUCAAGGAAAAAACAGCUUGUUCAGGAAGAGGAACGUGAAAGGGGAAGAGUUAGCAUGAAGGUGUACCUGUCAUAUAUGGCUGCAGCUUAUAAAGGCUUAUUGAUUCCGCUCAUUAUCCUUGCGCAGACAUUAUUUCAAGUGCUUCAGAUUGCGAGCAGCUGGUGGAUGGCUUGGGCAAAUCCACAGACUAAAGGGGACCUUCCUAAGACUAGUAGCAUGGUUCUUCUUGUGGUUUAUAUGGCCCUUGCUUUUGGAAGCUCAUGGUGUAUAUUUGUUAGAGCCGUUCUGGUAGCUACAUUUGGUCUAGCAGCUGCACAAAAGUUUUUUACAAAGAUGCUUAGAAGUGUCUUUUGUGCACCAAUAUCUUUCUUUGAUUCUACCCCAGCUGGACGGAUCUUGAACCGCGUGUCUGUAGAUCAAAGUGUUGUGGAUCUUGAUAUUCCUUUCAGACUCGGUGGAUUUGCAUCAACAACAAUACAACUUCUCGGUAUAGUUGGUGUAAUGACAAAAGUUACCUGGCAAGUCUUGCUUCUAGUUGUCCCUAUGGCCAUUGCAUGCUUGUGGAUGCAGAAAUACUACAUGGCUUCAUCAAGAGAACUUGUUCGCAUAGUUAGCAUCCAGAAAUCUCCAAUCAUUAAUCUCUUUGGGGAGUCGAUUGCUGGAGCAGCUACAAUUAGAGGCUUUGGGCAAGAAAAGCGGUUCAUGAAGAGGAACCUUUACCUUCUUGAUUGUUUUGCUCGCCCCUUCUUCUGCAGCCUUGCUGCCAUUGAGUGGCUGUGCUUUCGCAUGGAACUAUUAUCAACCUUUGUAUUUGCAUUUUGCAUGAUUCUACUUGUGAGCUUUCCACAUGGAAGCAUUGAUCCAAGUAUGGCUGGUCUUGCUGUUACAUAUGGUCUUAAUUUGAACGCACGAUUAUCACGCUGGAUACUAAGCUUUUGCAAGCUUGAAAAUAAAAUUAUAUCGAUUGAGCGUAUUCAUCAGUACUGUCAAAUUCCAAGUGAAGCUCCGGCUAUUAUUGAGAACUCUCGCCCUCCAUCUUCAUGGCCAGAAAAUGGUACCAUUGAAUUGAUUGAUUUGAAGGUUCGUUACAAGGACAAUCUUCCUGUGGUCCUUCAUAAUAUAACCUGCACAUUUCCUGGUGGAAAGAAGAUUGGGAUUGUGGGCCGUACCGGAAGUGGUAAAUCUACUUUGAUCCAGGCUUUGUUCAGAUUAGUUGAACCUGCAAGUGGAAGAAUAAUAAUAGAUGGCAUUGAUAUUUCAACAAUUGGCCUCCAUGACCUGCGUAGUCGUCUGAGUAUCAUCCCACAGGAUCCGACAUUGUUUGAGGGGACCAUAAGGGGCAACCUUGAUCCACUUCAAGAGCACUCUGAUCAUGAAAUCUGGCAGGCCCUUGACAAGUCUCAACUUGGGGAAAUAAUCCGCCAAAAAGAGCGAAAACUUGACACUCCAGUGUUAGAGAAUGGAGAUAACUGGAGUGUUGGGCAGUGGCAACUUGUUUCACUAGGCCGGGCUUUGCUGAAGCAGGCACGGAUACUGGUGCUUGAUGAGGCAACAGCGUCCGUUGACACAGCCACCGAUAACCUCAUACAGAAGAUUAUCAGAACAGAGUUUAAUGACUGCACUGUUUGCACUAUUGCACAUCGUAUACCUACUGUUAUCGACAGUGAUCUGGUUCUGGUUCUUAGUGAUGGUCAAGUUGCAGAAUUUGAUACUCCUAUGCGACUAUUAGAGGACAAGUCUUCUAUGUUUAUGAAGCUGGUAUCCGAGUAUUCGACAAGAUCAAGUGGCAUGUCAGAUUUUGGGUUUUGAUGUCAUUCUCUAUACCACCUUGAAGAAAAACUGACAACAGCAGAUGAAUAUAGGAUGGACCAUCUGCAAUGCUCCCCCAAAUUCAGCAUUCGGCUAUCAAGAAUGGAGGAAACAACAGGAAUUUCUGUUGUGUAAUCAACCCAUGGAGGAAAAGGCUUAUAUAUAAACCUUUAUUGUGUUACUGCUCCUCAUAGCAGGAUGGGGGAAUCCAGCACAUGGUUAGUCCAAUCUGUAUAACAAAAAAUGGAAUUGGGUCUGUGAGGGUCAUUGGUAAUAAUUGUGCCAGCAGAAGAAAUAAGCUGGUCAUUUUUUUCAACAAGCAGUUUGGUGUCUAACCCGGAUGUUCAUCUUAAUGAAUUUGCAGAGCAUUGCAUCCAUGGUGCGGCCUUCCUGGUGAAUAUCGUUCUCAGAUGUUUAUUCUGACAUGUUGCAUCAGUUCCCCUCUCACCUCCCUUCCCUAAUCUGUAAGAUGUUCUUUGCAUUAAAUUUGUUCAUAUUAGAC